AUGGUCUUCCACAAUGGCAUUUUACCUGAUGUUGUCAUUUACAACUCUUUGAUUCAUGGUCUUUGUAACUUAUGUUGUUGGGAUGAGGUCGAUAAAAUGCUCAAAGAAAUGGAACAGCAAAGCAUCUCCCCAGAUGUUCAUACUUUUACUAUAUUAGUCGAUGCACAUUGCAAGGAAGGUAAAGUGGAAGAAGCAAAAAGUGUUAUCAACUUAAUGAUUCAGAGAGGGAAGGAUCCUAAUGUAGUGACAUACAAUUCACUUAUUGAUGGGUAUUGUUUGCGUGGUGAAAUGAGGAAAGCAAAGGAGGUUUUUUAUUCCAUGGGUUUUCGAGGUUUGGUUCCCAAUAUUGUCACUUAUAAUAGUUUAUUGAAUGGGUAUUGCAAGAGAUUGAAGAUGGAAAAGACCAUGCAUUUGUUUAAUGAAAUAACUAAAAAAGGUAUUAAACCCGAUGUGAUCACUUACAACACCAUGAUACAUGGAUUGUUUCGAGUUGGACGUUGUAAAGAUGCAGAUUAA